CUCCGCCCCAAGCCUCCCACGGUUGGCACUCGCACAGGCACAGCACCACAGAGCAGAGCAGCAGCAGCAGCGCGCUCACAACGUUCGCAAUGGCGGCGCGGGCCACCGUCGUCCUCUACGCCGCGCUCCUCUGCCUGCUCUUCGCCACUAGCUCCGUCGCGCAGUCCCCCGCGGCCGCGCCAGCCAAGGCGCCGCCCAAGCCCUCCAAGGACACGCCCACCGCCGCGCCGUCCGCCACCCCGGCUGCGCCCGCUCCCAAGUCCUCCUCCAAGGCCAGUAGCCCAUCAGCAGCGCCGGCCGCCGCGCCAACCACCCCGGCCCCCGCAGCGGCGCCAGCCAAGCCGCAGCCCAAGGCCCCCGCGCCCCACACCAAGGCCGCCGCCCCGGCCCCGGCCGCUGCCGCGCCUGCGCCCGUCGCCACUCCCCCCGCGGCGACACCUCCGGCCGCCGCGCCUCCCGCGCCCGUGCCCGAGGUGCCCUCCGCGGCGCCGGCGCCGGAGACCAAGCCCGCCGAGGCCCCCGCCCCCGCGCCCGCCAAGAAGAAGAAGCCGUCGUCUUCCUCCAAGGACAAGACGAAGAAGAAGAAGGGCGCUUCUGCCCCUGCUCCGGCCCCCGUCGCGAAGAAGCCCAAGACCGCCGACGCGCCCACGUCCGCGGCCGAGGCCCCCGGACCCAGUGGCGACGCCGCCGCCGCUGCCGACACCGCGGGCGCCGCAGGGAGGACACAGGCGGGCGUGAUGGUGUCGUCGGCCGUCGCGGUGGCGCUGGGUGCGGCGGCUCUGCUCGCCUAGAUCUCGGAUGGCUCUGGCGAAUGCGUUUCUUCUGUGUAGGACCCACAUCACAUCGAUCGAUUCACUUGUGCGGAUGCAUUCUUUUUAGCUUUAUGCCAGAGAUGACAUGAGUGUGGUUACUGUGGGACACUUGCCCCUGUAAUGUUCAGAUUUAUUGCUAUUUAUAUAUUAUUA